GUCUUGUGCAACCCAGUUGCUACUAACCUUUGGAUAGGAUGGGUCCUUUCGGCUGUAGGUCGGCAAGGCUGGUCUGACCCCUGUCAUCCGGAGCCAGCCUGACCUGGCUCCUUAAACCCGAAUUCCCACAACCAGGAGACACCCGUGUUGGCUUCCUUUUCCUUGCAGGCUUGCCAACAUGGGGCUCUACUCGGCUUUGGGUGCCAUCGCCUUGUACCUCUCCGCCUUCCCUAUUUCUUACCUGUUCAACAGCCUGGCAGCCAUGGAGCACCCUUUGGCCGUCAUGACUGCUGGUUUCGGAGUCCUGUUGUUCUUGUUUGCUCUGGUCUACCUUCCAAACCGCUCGCAGGAUCCUCUUUUCUAUGUAUUUAUGGUCUUUUCCUUCACUUCGGGGAUUGAUGCAGUCAUCGCUUUGGAAGAAGACGGAUAUAUCAACAACUACAUGGGCUUCUACAUGAGAGAGGGUGAACCGUACCUUAGCACAGCCUAUGGGAUCAUGAUCUGCUACUGGGAUGCGGUGAUCCACUACGCCUUGUAUCUCGCCAUGAUCAUCGCUAUUGCAGAAAGAAAGAGUUACCGGAAUAUUGGCCUCUACUGGGUUGGAUCUCUCAUGAUGAGCCUCGUCGUUUUUCUGCCAGGCAACGUCAUUGGGAAAUACGGUUCUGAAGUCCGUCCUGCUUUCCUGCUCAAUAUUCCCUACCUACUCAUCCCCAUCUGGGCUGGGAUGCGGAUCUUCGCCCAGCCCAAGAAUUCGGUCCUGGUGACGGCUGAUCAGAUUGCUGAGGAACAGCGCAAGACCUUGCUCCAGCGCCCUUGGGAUUUGGGAUUAGUGGGAUUCCUCCUUUUUGCCGUGAUCUUCACACUUUUCCGAGGACUGGUCGUUCUGGAUUGCCCCUCCGAAAUGUGCUUCGACUACAUUUACCAGCAAGAACCAUACCUGCGUGACCCAGUGGCCUACCCCAAAGUCCAGAUGCUGGUGUUCCUCUUUUACGGCCUGCCAUAUUUCUGCAUCUGCAUCUAUGGGUUACUCUUUCCUGGUUCCAGGUGGAUGCCGGAUUGGGCCCUGAUUUGUGCCGGUGCCAUUGCCCAGGCUCAAUUCUCUCAUGUUGGAUCUUCCCUUCACCAACGCACCCCUUUCCCGUAUCGAACCCCGGAAGGAGCAUGGUGGACCGUCGUCCUCUCCAAUGUUAUCUACGCACUGGGACCUCACCUACUUGCUUACCGCUGUCUCCGAAACCCAGCUUUUUUCAGCCACCAGGUUUCUCGAGACGAGGACAAGAAAACCCAAUGAUUCACACCAUCUGCUCCAUUACGCUGGUUGCAGAUCAGAUCACAUUGGUGCAAACCUGGUUCUGCAAGGUUUGAAAUAUUGCAGAAGGCUUCAGGACCACUCCACAGCAUCCCUGGAGCCUGUUUUUCUUUUUGUCUCUACAGCAAAUGUUGAAAUUUGCUCUUUUGAAACAAACUGAUUUCCAAAGAAGGUGGAAAGGGAAGUGAAUAGUUGUGCCUUUGACUUGUUUCCGACUUAGGACAACUCCAAGGCAGGUCUAUCAUGGGGUUUUCUUAGCAAGAUUUCUUUACAGGAGGUUUGCCUUCGCCUUCUUCCAAGGAUGAGAGAGAGUGACUUAUCCAAGGGUCACCCUGGGUUUCAUGGCUAAGCUGGGAUUCGAACCCUGGUCUCUGGAGUCGAAACAUAUAACAAAAAAGAUGCCUGGGCAUGUUUACACAGCCACAAGUCAGUUUUCCAAAACGAUUUGGGGUUCAAGAGGUACACACCAGUGAGAGACAGACAUCCGAAGUGCAUCAUAAUAGUCAUGUCAACAAGCUGGCACUUGUGAUCUAGGACUCUAUUUUCAAUGUAAAGGGAAAGGGACAAUUUUACAAACUGUUAUUCACAGAGUAACAGUCCUGUGGAGAUACUCAAGUAAGUCCUUAUUUUAAAAAAUAAAAUAAAAUCAAUUUAUAUACUACUUUUAAA